CAACCUCUCCAUGUCUGAAGCAGAGAAGAAGAAGAUUGCUACGGAGAUGGAGCGUAAACUGAAAAACGAAGAGAAGGCUAGAGAAAAAGAGAUGAGGAGGCAAAAGGCAUUGGAGAAAGCAAAGCUCGGAGAAAUAAAGGCGGCAAAACCUAAAACUCUCUCCGAGAAGAAGACAGGCAAAGAAGGAGACGAUUCUGCAGAUUUCGUCGACCCAGAAACUCCUCUUGGCGAGAGGAAACGGCUAUCUUCUCAGAUGGCCAAGCAGUACAAUCCUUCUUCCGUAGAGAAAUCAUGGUAUGAAUGGUGGGAAAAAUCCGAGUUUUUCAAAGCUGAUGCGAAGAGCUCCAAACCCAAGUUUGUGAUGAUCCUUCCACCUCCGAAUGUCACUGGAGCUUUGCAUAUCGGCCACGAAUUAACCUGUGCCAUCGAAGACACACUCGUUCGUUGGAAGAGGAUGUCUGGUUUCGAAACCUUGUGGGUUCCUGGGUUUGACCAUGCCGGUAUAGCUACACAGGGCGUGGUCGAGAAAGAGCUCAAGCACAAAACAGGAUUAACAAGGAACGACCUUGGCCGUGAAGAUUUCUUGAAACAAGUCUGGAAGUGGACACACCAGUACAGUGGCAAGAUACAAGCGCAGCUACGUCGUUUAGGAUCUUCCCUUGAUUGGUCGCGCGAGUGUUUUACAAUGGACGAGCAGAGAUCAAAGGCUGUCACUGAAGCCUUUGUGAGGUUACACAAGGAAGGGCUUAUCUACAGGAGAGAUCGUAUUGUUCAUUGGGACUGUUUCUCAGGAACAGCUUUAUCUGAUUGUGAGGUUGAGCAUAUUGACAUCAAAGGAAGAACACCAAGGAAAGUUCCUGGAUAUGAUAAGCAAUUAGACUUUGGUGUGAUGACUUCGUUUGCUUACCCUUUAGAGAGAGGAGGUGGCAAGGUGGUUGUAGCCACGACUAGGGUGGAAACAAUGCUCGGUGAUACCGCCAUUGCUGUACAUCCAGAUGAUGAAAGGUACAAGCAUCUUCACGGAGAGUUUGCUGUGCAUCCAUUCAGUGGAAGGAAGCUACCAAUCAUCUGCGAUGAGGAGCUUGUUGAUCCAGAGCUUGGUACUGGUUGUGUUAAGAUUACUCCAUCACAUGAUCCCAAGGAUUUCGAGGUUGGAAAGCGCCACAAUCUGGAGUUUAUCAACAUUUUCACUGAUGAUGGAAGAAUCAACACCAAUGGCGGGCAAUUCACGGGGAUGGCGCGUUUUGAUGCUCGUGAAGCUGUUAUAGAGGCUUUGCGUGUAAAGGGGCUGUACAUAGGUACGGAGGACAAGGAAAUGGUUAUUGGAGUUUGCUCAAGAAGUGGUGAUAUAGUUGAGCCUAUGAUAAAGCCUCAGUGGUAUGUGGAUUGCAGCGUAAUGGCAAAGGAGGCACUUGAUGUUGCUGCUAAUGGGAAACUCGAUUUUUUCCCAAAGAAAUACUCUAAAGAAUGGAGAAGAUGGUUAGAAGACAUACGUGACUGGUGCAUCUCGAGACAGAUUUGGUGGGGGCAUAGAGUACCGGCAUGGUACGCCACUCUAGAAGAAGAUGAGCUCAAGGAAGCAGGUGCUUACACUGACCAUUGGAUUGUUGCUAGAGAUGAGGAAGAAGCUCGCAAAGAGGCUGCGAGUAAAUUUUCUGGGAAGAAGUUAUUGGAUCUCUCUCAAGAUCCUGAUGUGCUUGAUACAUGGUUUUCUUCUGGGCUCUUUCCUUUGUCUGUUUUUGGAUGGCCAGAUGAAACCGAGGACUUCAAAUCUUUCUAUCCAGUUUCUGUUCUUGAAACUGGACUUGACAUUCUCUUCUUCUGGGUUGUUCGCAUGGUUAUGUUAGGAAUGAAACUAGGUGAUGAGGAUGUUCCCUUCAGCAAGGUUUACUUGCAUCCUAUGGUACGUGAUGCACAUGGUCGCAAGAUGUCAAAGUCUCUUGGAAAUGGCAUUGAUCCACUUGAAGUCAUCAACGGUGAAACUCUUGUGGGUCUUCACACCAGGUUAGAAAAAGGUAACUUGGAUCCAAAGGAGCUGCUUAAAGCCAAGGAGGGACAAGUGAAGGAUUUUCCAAAUGGUAUCCCUGAAUGUGGCGCUGAUGCUCUUCGAUUCGCGCUUAUAUCCUACACUGAUCAGUCUUAUAAUGUAAACAUGGAUGUCUUGCGGGUUGUUGGUUACCGCCAGUGGUGUAAUAAGCUGUGGAACGCCGUUAGAUUUGCAAUGAUGAAGCUCGGAGAUGAUUAUACUCCUCCUCCUCUGCAAACUCUGAGCCUUGAAACCAUGCUCUUCAGUUGCCAAUGGAUUCUCUCUGUACUAAACAAUGCAGUCUCAAAGACAGUGGAUUCAUUGAAUGCUUUUGAGUUUUCGGAUGCAGCCAGCACAGUGUAUUCUUGGUGGCAAUACCAGUUUUGUGAUGUGUUCGUUGAAGCAAUCAAGCCUUGUUUUUCUGCUGACAAUCCGGGAAGGACUCAUGCACAAGACGCUCUCUGGGUGUGUCUCGAGACUGGCUUGAGAUUGUUGCAUCCGUUUAUGCCUUUCAUCACGGAAGAGCUGUGGCAGCGGUUGCCCUCACCGAAAGACUGUGAACGGAAGGCAUCUAUCAUGAUAUGUGACUAUCCAUCUCCCAUAGAGAAGUGGACUAACGAGAAGGUGGAAACCGAAAUGGACAUGGUUCUGGCAACCGUGAAAACUUUUAGAGCACUGAGAGCUGCAGGGUCGCUAGAGAGACAGAGAAACGAAAGGUUGAAUGCGUUUGCUCUGUGUGGAAACGCAUCAACAUUGGGGAUUAUGCAGUCCCAUGAGCUGGAGAUGAGAACUCUGGCAAAUCUCUCAUCCUUUGAGGUUGUGUUGAAGGGUGAAGAAGACAAAGCAGGUGAAGCUGGAUCUGCUGUUGUUGAGACGGUGAACGAGAGCCUCAAGGUGUAUCUCAAAGUUGAUGGAGCAGCGUUCGACCUAGUAGCUGAACUUGAGAAAAUCAGAAGCAAGGUUGAAGAAAUAGAAAAGCAAAAGAACAAGUUGCAGAAGCUUAUGAGCGUGAGUGGGUACGAGGAGAAGGUCCCUGCACACAUAAAAGAAGACAAUGCAAGGAAACUCGCGAAACUUCUUCAAGAAUUGGAAUUCUUUAAUGAGAAUUGACCAUCACAUCUUACUAGAUUCUUCUUUAUAGUUUAUUUCACUCAGAACUAUGCUAAAGUAUCUGGUUUUGAACAUCAUUGGAAAUAGUUAAUGACAUAUAUAGUAGAAACAGAUUGUUUUUGAUUCAUUGUUCAAAGAUAACAUUCGAUGGCUAGUGUAAGCUUAUUGGGUCUAAUAUUACGUGGAAUGAGUCAGCUUCAAUUCA